CCUCAUCGUAAAUUUUGUUUCGCAUCAAGAGAGAGCCGCAAAAAUACGCAGAACUGCACAACAAUGUUAGUGCUUGAUUUGAGUAUUCCACCGCUGCUUUCUGAGUGGACGAUCUGAACAUUUUUUUCUUUUUUUUUUUAACUAAUUAAUUGAUUCAAUAGAAUGAAGUCAAUAGUGAUUCUACUGGUAUCUGGUUUGUCGUCUAUAAUAAUUGCUGAUGCGAUUGACAAUAGUAGAUACUUGAAAUUAGAAUUGGUUCAAGUGCUUUUCAGACAUGGAGCUCGAACUCCCAACAAUGUCGAGAUAAAUACUAAUAACUACACGCUGGCUGAAAUGUACGCGCCGUUGGGUCUCGGACAGCUGACCAACAAGGGGAAGCAGCAAGAAUACGAAUUUGGAAGAUUCCUGAGAAAACGAUACGACGAUUAUCUCGGAACUAGCUACAAAUCCAAAGAUGUGUACACUUAUUCGAGUACGUCAGCUCGUACGCAAAUGUCACUUCAAUUGGUGCUCGCUGGGCUUUAUCCUCCUUCGGAUUCUGAAAUAUGGAAUCCUCGCUUGAAGUGGUCCCCAAUACCUUAUGAACAAGUCCCCUUCGAGUCGGACGUUCUUUUAGAAAGUUACAAAACUUCCACGUUUAGAAAGCAUAUGACCCGAGCACUUGACUCUGAUCAGUUCAAAAGGAGACUGGCAAAGUUCUCUGAUUUUUUUAAGUUUGUAGAAGAGAGAACGAUUAUAAAAAAUAUUGAUUCUUUUUGGACGACGCACUCAACAUUCGACAUUCUAAUUGCGAACGAGUUCAUGAACAUGCCGUUGCCUGACUGGUACACGCCGGAAGUGCGAGAGAAAUUUUUGGAAGCAGGAGAAAUUCUGAGGGACGCAAUGAUCGCUACGCCAAAAAUGAAGAGAAUCGGGGUUGGACCGCUCGCCAAAGCUUUCACUGAAAAUAUGAAUCAUGAACGAAUGAUCGUUAACCCGAAAAAGUUAUACUUGUACAGUGCUCACGAGGCAAAUAUAUCGAUGUUCGUUAAGGCACUCAACAUCAAUGAAUUGAAAUACAUACACUUUGGAAGUGCUUUGAUAUUUGAACAAUUGAGAGAUCUCGAAGACAAAGUUUACGUCAGACUCCUCUUUUGGAACGGCGCUGGAAAUUUGUCGGCGUUGAAAUUGAGCAACAAAGAAUUUUGUCCGAUCGGUGACUAUUUGAAAAUUGUGGAUAGCAUAAUACCGUCGGACACUGAAAUUAAUGAAAUGUUAAGAAUUAUGAAAUAGAUUGGAGGCUGUUCAAGACGAAGCAGUAAAGCUCGUGAUUUCGAUAAAAAUUCCUCAACCCAAUUAAAAUAUCAAA